GAGUAAAUAAUGACUCAUAGUAGUUUUUUACUUCCUUUAUGACACAAAAUAAGAUUCCUUAUCGGUCAGUUAGUGAAGAUGCGGUCUCACAUAAUGACGCAAAUUGGGCUUAUUAGUUUAGCGGUCAUUUUAGUCACGAAUUGUUUAGCAGAUUUAGAUUGUGGACAAAAUGAAGUGGCAAAAUCAUGCGCAGAUGGUUGUCAUCUGAAUGUCUGUCCUAAAUCCAGAAAUUUUAACGCAAGCUGCUCGGCAUUAGGACUCUGCAGUUCCAGCUUAUGUGACUGCAGAUUUAACUACAAGCGAGCAGAGAACGGAACAUGUAUUCCUACAAAAGACUGCCCUAAAUUCGACUGCGAUGGUGAAAAUGAAGAGUAUGUGGCGUGUCCACCUUUCUGUCCAAGAGACGACUGUUCACAAGCGACGUCGGAUGGGAGAUGUCCUAACCGUGGCUACAUGCUGUUUGUCGUCGAAUGCCAGCCAGCAUGCCGAUGCAUAAAAGGCUACUGGCGAAACAAUGGAGUAUGCGUGCCUUAUCAAGAAUGUCCUCAGGUUCAUAAAGAAUAAUAUGCACCACGAGAUAAUGUUGCAAUGCCAUAAAGUGUAUUUUUUUGUUCAAUAUCGCCUGACUAAUUUCUUAUGGAUAGGAUCUUUCCUACCUAUGGACCAUCGUAUUACCAUAUAUGCAAUUUUCACAUGGUCCGUGCGCCCUAAACUCAGUUCUGGUUGGGUAAUUCCGGUGCCCCCUGCAGAGUCUACGCUCUGUGACCAGACGCCGUUGCCGCUGACCUUUUUACGCUGGUAUAUUUGAAUUCAACCAAUAUAUUAUCAUAACCUAUUAUAAUAUGUUUCUAGACAUUGUGGUAUUUCAUUGCAACAUAAAAUUUCGACAUAUGGGACAUUACCCCAAAUUACCCACAAUGAACUUUAUUGUUUAAAUAUAAUGUUGUUUUAUAAUAUGUGAAAUUAGACUUAGCUGCAAUGGAUUCAGCUUUUCAGUGUCCUUUAUGGACGUAUACAGUCUUACUUAUAAAAAGUUUGCAAAGCUAUGCUUAAUUCAAAUACAAAUUUACUCGAUCAGUUGUAAGGCAAAACCCGCUAUCUUGCCUUUUAAUAAGGUUUAAACUAGGAACCGGUGAUGUUUUUGACAGCUAUUUAAGCAAUUCCUAACUACCGCUUAACGCUAAAACAUGUUUAUAAGUAAGACUGAUUAUAUACUAUGCCAUAUGGCUAUGAAAAAAGUUAUUGUCAACAAAUAAUAUCUCUCCGCUUUUUAAUUAUUUCUACUGGAUUCAGUCUAAUGCAGGUUGACUACUAAGCUGUUUAGCUCGCAAAGCUGAGAAAAUUUCACACGGUAUAUAGCUUAGCUACAAGGGCCUCACCUAGCAAAUAAAGAAAAAAACAAACCUCAGCUAUGCGAACUAAGCUUAAUUUUGAAGUGUAAAACCCGAUUUGAAGGGUAAUAACAAAGGCAUAAUUAAUAAAAAGAAAUAUAAAAUUUUAAAUACAUAUGAGUAAAUAUUUUUUUCGUAUUAAACGGUACAAGUGCGGCUAUAGCCUGUUACGAAUCCGUAAAUGAAUUAAUAAAAUUUAAUUUAAUGAAAUCACCUUCAGCUGACUAAAUAUGAACCUUCUUCUUCUGUUGACUUCAUUCGCACGAGAAUUUUUCGGAAUUAAAUAUGAAAAAAGUAUCUAGUCUAUUUUUUAGUUAGGACUAAGUCUAUAUCUAAGUCCUAAAUGCCGAAAUAUAUCCAACGAUGAAUAUGUUUUAUAUAUAACAUAAUUAUCAACAACACAUAGCUGUAAAAUUAUUACGACUAGAAAUAAAUAGAUGUAUAUUUGUUUGUUGUUUAAUAUAUUUUGUUAAAAACACUGUU